GACAACACCGGGCUUCUCUGGACCUCCUCAGCAUCCGUUUCUUUUACCGGGGCUGCUGUUUGUAAAAUCUGUUGAAAAAUUCGCCUGCGAGAGGAAGAUAUGAAGUUAGCGGGCUCCCUUUGGAUCCUUUGGUUUCUCCUGGUGCACAGGGUGGCGGGAGGUGCUGAGUCAAUCUCAGAUCCAUCACUCAGGCCUGGAAAUAGCAUGACAGAUGGACAGAACCAGGCGGUGAGCCAGGGUCAAUAUAAAUGCCUUGAGCUGUCCAGCAAAGACUACCAAGAAAACAGAACCGGUACGUUCUGCGAACGUAUGUGGGAUGGCUUUUUGUGCUGGGACGAGACACCGGCUGGGAUGUCUGUAACACAAAACUGUCCAGAUCACCCUGACCUGGACCCAACUGAAAAAGUGACCAAAUAUUGUGCUGAAUUGGGUAACUGGGUCCAGACAGGAUCAACCACUUGUCAACCAGCUUCAAAGAACAAGUUAGAGAAGGAAGUUCCCCAUUUUUUAAGGGAUGCUGCUGGAGAGCCGACCACAGAGACCACAGAGGUUAACACAGAAAAAGGCAACGUUGUGAAAAAAAUUCUCCUCAAGAAUGAAAUGAAAUGCUCAGAGAAAAUGAAGCAAGAUCUACCUUAUAACAAAUCAGGGCUGCACUGCAGUCGUAACUGGGAUGGCUUGCUGUGCUGGGACGACACUCCAGCGGGAACCUACGCCUCCCAAAACUGCCCCAAUUAUUUUGGCGACAUUGACCCCACAGAAAAGGUAACUAAGUACUGUGGAGAGGAUGGUCAGUGGUUUCACCAUCCAGAGUUCAAUAGGAUUUGGACCAACUAUACACUCAGCGCAACCACCCAUGAGAAGAGACUGAGGAAACUGAAAAUGCUUGAGAAUGAAUACAAAUGCCUCCAGAAACUAUGUCGAGACCCACCUUUUAACAAAUCAGGGCUGCACUGCAGUCGUACCUGGGAUGGCUGGCUGUGCUGGGAUGACACUAUAGCCGGAACCUUCGCCUCCCAGAACUGCCCAGAUUAUCUUUUUGACUUUGAUCCCACAGAAAAGGCAACUAAGUAUUGUGGUGAAGACGGACAGUGGUUUCACCAUCCAGAGAGCAAUACGACUUGGACCAAUUAUACACUCUGUGCUGUCAACACUAAGGAGAGGUUGAAGGCAGCCUCCCAUCUCUCAGGGAACACAAAGGUAGAGUCUACUGAUGAGGCCACAGUCAGCCCCUUGGUUAACCCAGAAAAAGACGAAAUUGUGAGAAAGAAAAUCCUUGACAGCCAGUACAAAUGCUUCGAGAAAAUAAAUCGAGAUGCACCCUAUAACAAAUCAGGGCUGCACUGCAGUCGUAACUGGGAUGGCUGGCUGUGCUGGGAUGACACUCCAGCGGGAACAUACACCUCUCAAAACUGCCCCAAUUAUUUUGCUGACUUUGACCCAACAGAAAAGGCCAUUAAGUACUGUGGGGAGGACGGGCAGUGGUUUCGCCACCCGGAUACCAACCACACUUGGUCCAACUACACACUCUGCAAUGAAAACACUAAGGCAAAGUUGAAGUCAGCGUACAUCAUGUUUUACAUGGCCAUUGUGGGUCACGCUUUAUCCAUAGCCUCCCUGCUCAUCUCUCUGGCCAUCUUCUUCUACUUCAGGAGUCUGAGCUGUCAAAGGAUCACCCUGCACAAGAACCUCUUCUGCUCCUAUGUACUCAAUUCAGCCCUCACCAUCAUCUCCCUCGCAGCAGUUGUCAAUAAUCCUGAAGUGGUGGGCAGAAACCCAGUUUACUGUAAGGUGUUGCACUUCUUCCAUAUGUACAUGCUGGGUUGCAAUUAUUUCUGGAUGCUGUGUGAAGGUAUCUACCUGCACACGCUCAUCGUAGUGGCUGUGUUUGCAGAGGAGCAGCAUCUGCACUGGUACUACCUCCUGGGCUGGGGUUUUCCUCUAGUGCCUGCUUCCAUCCACGCCGUGGCAAGGAAAAAGUAUUUUGAUGACAACUGUUGGAUGAGUGUGGAAACCCAUCUGCUCUACGCGGUCCAUGGUCCGAUAGUGGCAGCGCUUCUUGUUAACCUCUUCUUUUUACUAAAUAUUAUAAGAGUGUUGGUGACCAAGUUGAGAGACACACACCGGGCAGAGUCCAACAUGUACAUGAAGGCAGUGAGAGCCACCCUGAUCUUGGUGCCCCUGCUGGGAAUACAGUUUGUCAUUAUUCCCUGGAGGCCAGAGAACCCCUUAGCUGGGGAGGUCUACGAGUACAUCAUGCACAUACUAAUGCACUACCAGGGAUUACUGGUAGCAACAAUAUUCUGCUUCUUCAACGGAGAGGUGCAGGCAGCUCUGAAGAGACAGUGGAUGCAGUAUAAAACCCAGUGGGGUCAGAGACGAAAGGAGCACUGCUCAAUGCGCUCCACGUCCUACACAGCCACUUCCAUCACCGAGGUACCCGCCUUCAUGUACCACCAUGACUGUAACAGCGAACACUUGAACGGGCGCAAUACUGAGGACUCUGAACUGGUGGCACUAAAAUCAGGAGAGACGUAUGCUUGAACAGCCGAAGAAGAGCAGGGAACGGAGAUGUACAGUAAGAAAGGAAAAUCCGGGUUGCCCGCAAUAUCUCAGUGAUUAAAGCUCUGAGGCUGAUGGCCAAGACAAUGAUACGGGUCCGGAAAAAAAGAGCUUAUUGCAACGGAGAUGGAUUAGCUAAAAGGCUGACACUUCAUUUUACUUUACAUUGCUGUUGCGGCUGCUUUCUAAGAACUUUGAUGUCAAGAACUUGUGGCAUGAGACAAGAGCUGCUUUUGUCACUUCCUAAAGCUGCUAAUACUGCGGAAGCUUGUGCUGGUGUGGAGACAAAAAUAACUGUGAUGAAGGUUUGGGCUGUGUUUUCUGUUGGAGACGAUUGGUGCUGAAGGUGACAGUGAUGAUGGUAUUGGUUUGGAUUGACAUGAGGUACAGGUGAAUAGUGUUAAUGGUGUCAUGAUGAUGAUUUCUAAAGUGAAGUAGAAGAAACAAUCCUUUCUAACCUCACCUAUACCAAAGGGUACUGUAUGUUGGGCACAGCCAUGAAGGGGUGUACCAGGUCCAGCUGAGAACAGAUGUGGUAUCCUAAAGCUAAAGACACACGCAUACACACACCAACAAACUUCACAAACCUGAUCCUAUGUGCCAUGAUAGAGGUCACAUUUGAAAAAGCCCUCUGUGUUUGAAGCUCUGGAAUUGUGUACAUUAUGUAUGUUUCUUUUGAAGAAAAAAAAAAGUGUUUUUUGGAUUUUAUUUUUGUUUUCCUAAGUACGUGCUAAGUGUGUGUUCUGUGAUGCUGCACUCCCAACUGCUUUGUUGUUUUUUGCAGUUGCUGUAUUUGUGCCGAUGCCGAACAUCACAGGGUUAAAAAGCAAGAAGUAAGCUAAAUGCACAAAACAAAUUCUAUAAAUAAAAAACUUUAUUUUGAGGUUGAACAGCCACAAGAGUUGUUUCCAUGCAUAUAAGAUAAUUAUGUUCUUAGUUGUGCCAAUGAUUCUGACAAACAAGCAGUUUAUCUGCAGUGUGGAAGCUGCACUGUCUGAUUUUACUCAUAAUCAUCCUUUGUCAUGCUCACGAUGCCUUCAAUCUAUUUCCUGUUUUUUUUAAAGUGGUACUCCGUCCUCCAUGCAUAUUUAUUCAUGAAUAUUGUAGCAUUUUGUAUGAAUGACCAUCCAGGACAAAGGAAAGGCUUGCUAAAAAUAAAAUGAGAGAUAACAUCCA